AUGGCCCGAAUUUUUAUUCUUGCGUCCAUUUUAAUGGCUACUUUUUCCAUUAUCAGUGCCAUUCCUAUUGCUGAGAGAUCGUAUCCUAUUGCUGAAAGAUCAUACCCUAUUGCUGAAAGAUCAUACCCUAUCGCUGAAAGAUCAUACCCUAUUGCUGAAAGGUCAUACCCUAUUGCUGAAAGAUCGUACCCUAUUGCUGAAAGGUCAUACCCUAUCGCUGAAAGGUCAUAUCCUAUUGCUGAAAGGUCAUACCCUAUUGCUGAGAGCACAGAACCUAUUGCUUUCUAUCCUAUUGCUGA